ACGAUCAGUCAGCAACAACUUGGUCAGAUACACCUAGUAAUCAUGCUAUUAACGAGAGAUACAGCCAAAGAGGUAGUAGAUAACGCUGCCGCGGAAUCAUCAGUACCUGGUGCGCCAAGUACGGGCUAUUGGUUCUCUGCAUAUGUUCCAUCCCUAGAAAGUCACCCAGUUCUAUACUUCCUCCUAUGCGCCACCACUAUGUUCCUCAUAUCUUUCCAUUUAAGACAUAAGAUAGGUGCAGCUAUAGAUAGAUUCCGGAUGAGACGCCGUUUAGCCAGAGGCUACUACGGACCUGUUGGGUCCUUUGAUGAAGAUAUAGAAGAUGGGCUAACCAGUGAUGCCUUUGAUAUAGAACAGAACCGGGACAAGGGGGAUACAAGAAAAGGCCUCUCUUUACAAGCCAAGCGAGAAAUCAAGCGUAUUAUGAAAACUAUGAAAGUGCUGUUUGAUGAGGCUAGGUUAACAUAUACGAGAUUACAGUUUGACGAGAAUAAUGUUGACGAGGAUGGAUUACCUAAAGAUCCGAAGUUGGUUACCUUUUAGGGGUAGGUAACCACACACAAACACACACACACACACCUGAUCAUAUCCUUUAUCAAUUGUUUAUACAACUAGUUGUAGGUAUACCAUUGGGUUACCAUUGCGAGAUACGCGAUAUUAGGCUUUGCUAGGAAAGGGCUGGGUCACGUGGACGAUAUUUCCCGAUUUGGCGCAUGUCACGUGCCUUUGUUUAUGUUUAUGUUUCAAAAGGCAACUGUCAAAAAAUUGCAAACAAAUGCCUUUCGUUUGACUUUAGUAUUUUUAUCUGUUUUAUCUCUUUUAUGUUUAUAGAAUACAAAUCAUCAUCAAAUACC